UUCCUCUCUAGCACUCUAGCACACGCAUGCACAUGAUGAACUCGAGGGUGGCGAUGGCUGCGUGGUGGGUUUGUGGACUCCUCCCGCUCCUGGCGAUGGCCGCAGCCGCCGCGGACGGGGUGAAGGGGAACCCGGAGCCGCUGAUCCGGCUGCCGACGGAGAACGGGCAUGCCCCUGCCCCUGCGCCUGGCCCUGCCGCGUCAGCGCCGGGUGAAGAGGUGACGAAGUGGGCCGUGCUUGUUGCCGGCUCCUCCGGCUACGAGAACUACCGGCACCAGGCCGAUGUGUGCCACGCGUACCAGAUCCUGAAGAAGGGGGGACUCAAGGAUGAGAACAUAGUGGUUUUCAUGUACGAUGAUAUCGCCAACAGCCCUGAAAACCCAAGGCGUGGGGUCGUCAUCAACCAUCCCAAAGGCAAAGAUGUUUACCAUGGUGUUCCCAAGGACUACACCGGUGAGCAGGUCACUGCUAAGAACUUGUAUGCGGUUCUCCUGGGGAACAAAACCGCGGUCACCGGAGGGAGUAGGAAGGUGAUAAACAGCAAGCCGAAUGAUCACAUCUUCAUCUACUACACGGAUCAUGGGGGCGCUGGUUCACUUGGUAUGCCCAACGUGCCAUUUGUUUAUGCUGGCGACUUCAUCAAAGUGUUACGGCAAAAGCAUGCUUCCAAAAGCUAUUCGAAAAUGAUCAUAUAUGUUGAAGCGUGUGAGAGUGGCAGCAUCUUUGAGGGUUUAAUGCCACAAGAUCACAAUAUUUAUGUUACAACAGCAGCAAAUGCCCAAGAAAGUAGCUGGGCAGCAUACUGCCCUGGGAUGGAAACACCACCUCCUUCUGAAUAUAAGACCUGUUUAGGUGACGCAUACAGUGUUUCUUGGAUGGAAGACAGUGAAACUCACAAUCUAAAGAAGGAAAGCAUCAAGCAGCAGUACGAGGUGGUGAAAGCGAGAACGGCACCCCGAAAUGAGUCCAGUAUAGGUUCGCAUGUCAUGGAGUAUGGUGACAGGACUUUCAAGGAUGAGAUGCUUUUCCUCUAUCAAGGUUUCGAUCCUGCAAAGUCAAGCAUCACCAAAAGGCAGCUGCUUAUGCCCAGCCUGAAGGGUGCAAUCAAUCAAAGAGACGCCGAUAUUCUUUUCAUGUGGAAUAAGUAUGAGCAGUUAGAUGGGGGAUCGGAAGAGAAGCUGAGGGCUCUCAGGAAGAUCAGAGAAACCGUGUUCCACAGGAAGCAUCUCGACAGCAGUAUCGAUUUCAUCGGGAAGCUUGUCUUUGGAUUCGAAAAGGGUCCUUCAGUGCUUGACGCUGCUAGAGGCUCUGGCCAGCCAUUGGUCGACGAUUGGGAUUGUCUGAAGACGAUGGUGCGAGUUUUCGAGUCCCAGUGCGGAUCACUCACUCAGUACGGCAUGAAGCACAUGAGGGCGUUCGCCAACAUAUGCAACAAUGGCGUCUCCGAGGCCGAGAUGAAGGAGGCAAGCAUCAGCGCUUGCGACGAUUACGACAUGGGGAAGUGGAGCCCGCUGGUUCGAGGGCACAGCGCCUGAUCCGCUGCACUGCAGUACAUGGGAGCAGUAUCAAAUGCUCCAGAGGUUCCUAGCUGGACCUCAUAUAUGGUGUACAUACAUACAUACAUAAUACAUUGGUAUACGUACAAGAAAACACCCAACAAUGGCGCCCCAUGUGGUGUUGGGUUAAUCAGUAGUUUAUGGUCGUGCUCGUGCCUUUGUAAGUCAAAUUUGACUGCAAUCAAUUGAAAGGCAAUGAUUAUUAUGUAGCAAAA